AUGAAGAACCCCAUUAAAGAUUGCAAACAGAAGCAUAAAAUGCAGAAUUUCCCCAAUGUCAGAGAUGAAGUUCUACCCCAAAAUUCAGCAAAAAAGUCAGAGAACAUACACAAAAUUCAGCUGGGUAUUAGAAAAAAACAUCGUUUGAGUGAUAAUUUGCGGGAAAUGCCCAAAAGUUGUUGGUGGGUAUCUUCUGAACCGAACAAAAAUGGUGAGAAUUUCGUCUGCAACUUAUGUGGAAGAAGGUUUAGGUCUGCUCGAGCUGUGUUUGGGCACAUGAGAAGUCAUUCUAAGAGGAAAGCUGCGGCUAAGGUUAAGGAUUAUGCUGUGAAAGAAGAAAUAAUAGAGCGGUCGAAUACACCUCGAAAGAAGAGAUCAGGAAGGAGGUAUACGAUCAAAACUAGUUCUUCUAAUGGUUCUUCUUGGUGUAAUUUGAAUAAUUCACAUUCUUCUGUUACUGUUGCUGAUGAGGAAUUAUUAGAUAUUGCUGCUUCUUUGUUAAAGCUUUCUAAGGGUGGGUUUUGUGAUCAUGUUUCUGAUAAUGAUAAUGACGAUGAUUCUGUGAAAAUGGAACCUAGAUUACCUAUUGAUUCUGUUAGUAAUAUUGAUAAAGAUGAUGAUCAUGUGGCCGAGCGCGUUUGUGAUGUGGAAUCAGGGUUAAACUUUGAUGUUAUGAGAGCUAAAUGUGAUUCAUUUCAGGAUGAAAUUAAAGAAUUUCAUGGUUUUAAUUGUGGGUUGCCAAAGAGUAAGCGUGGAAAUUUUGAACAUGGACCUGUUUCUGAUGUUGAGAUUCAGUCUGAAUUGAUGUAUGAUGCUGAAAUUAAAGAUGGGGCUAUUGGGGUUCUUGUAAAUGGUAUACUGUUAGACUAUUCGAAUCCAAUUUCUUUCGUUCCUGCUGUCGAGGAAACGAAGAGUAGAACUGCUGAUGUUGUUGAUCGAAUGUUGAAUGAAUGGAAUUCAAGAACUUGUGAUCCAACUGAUGAAAAUAACAUUGAAAGUGGACCAAUUGUUCAUAAUGAGUUGUUCGAUGCUGAAAUCAAGGAUGAGAGUAGAGAGGUUUUGCUAGCAGAUACAUUGGUUCAUAGUAUGAGCAGUGAUCCUGUAAUUGAGGAAAAGAAACAGGAGAAUGUUGCUGAUAAAUGUAAAUCAGGAAGCAGUGAACCAGCAACAGAUAGUUGCUCGAAAAAUUAUAUCUGCAGUAUUUGCAAUAGGAGUUUCCCAUCUCAUCAGUCUUUGGGAGGCCAUCGCUUGCAUUGUCAGAGGCUUUGCGGUUUGGAAAUCCGAGCACACAUGAUCAGAACUGACAUUACUGUUGUUGAAGAACAAGGAGGGAAAAAUGAGAUGAAGUUUGGGGACAAUGAAAAGAAGAAGAGAUGGAAGCACAAGUGUGUGGUUUGUUCCAAAGAUUUUCGUACAGGGCAAGCUUUGGGUGGACAUAUGAGGGCUCAUUUUAAUGGAAAAGUUGAGUCCAAUGAGACGGAAAAUUUGGCAGCUAUAAAGGAGAAGAAUGAUUCUAAUGACAAUAGAGUAUUACCGGCAGUGAUAGAAGAAAGAAAGCAUGACAAGGAUGUUUGCUCCAACGAGCUGUUAAAGGAAAGACAUAUUGUCAUCUCAUCCCAGGGAAACACACCUUUGCUGGUUUAA